AUGGUGACAGGCCAGAGGAAAUUGUUUGUGAAGAAUGUUGAAGGAGGUAUUGGGAGCUUUGUAGUGGCUCCUGGAGGUGACAAGAUGUCUUCAGGGUGGCUUGAGCAGAAAUCUUCGGGUACCAGUAUAACGGUAGAUAUUGCCGUCAUGGGAGAAGCUCACGGACUCAUUACUGACCUUCUGGCAGAUCCCUCUUUGCCACCCAAUGUCUGCGCCUCCCUCCGAGCAGUGAGCAACCUGCUUAGUACACAGUUGACUUUCCCAGCUAUUCAUAGACCAAGAGUCAACACUUUGGCAUCCUUCAAUGAAAAUUACACCGGUUCUGACACAGAAGAAUGUUCAGAGAAGGGAGAGAAGCUUACUAUUCCCAAGCGCUUUCGGAAAAGCCUGCCCCCAGGUCUUCUACGGCGAGUGUCAUCCACUUGGACAACCACCACAUCUGCCACUGGUUUGCCCACCUUGGAGCCAGCUUCCGUUCGAAGGGACCGCAGUCCUAGCAUCAAACUUUACGAUACUUCACCAUCCAGCUCUGAUUCAUGGAACAAUUCUCUCCUGAUGACUCUCACCAAAAGUCGAUCCUUCUCAACCUCCUACGCGAUGACUGCUGCCAAUCAUCUGAAUUCAAAGCGGCCGAGCCGACAAGGUGGUAUCUCCCCAAAUAUUUCACCUCUUGUCUCUCCAAGCCAUUCACCCGUCCAGGGUACCCCAGCCAACAGUCCCAUCCGCAGAACCUCAGGAGAACAAUUUCCAGAGUCGACAGUCACGGCCACUAUCCAAGCCAUCAAGCCUCACAAGCUCUUAGGUUGCACUCAGAGUGCCCCUAACCUAUCAGAGCCGGUGGAAGGCGCCUCUGUCAUUUGCAGUAGCUGUGGCAGGCCAUACAGCCAAACAGACCCCAGAGAAGGAAUGCUGGAUAGGAAUGAUGGUGCAGCACACACCUUGAACAGGACAGAUGAUCCUGCACAGGCCACCUCUGACUAUGAGACAAAUAACAGCGACAGCAGUGACAUUGUGCAGAAUGAAGAUGAGACACCUUGUGCCAAGGACCAGAUCCAGGCGGGCUCGCGCUGCAGGACGUUUGCUCCAGAGACGGUGAUUUUGCAUCCUUUGCUGCCUGUGGAGGAAAAACCUAUCCUUGCCCCCGAGCCGCUAAUAAUGGACAACUUGGACUCGCAAAUGGAGCAACUAAACAAUUGGAAUUUCCCAAUCUUUGAUUUGGUAGACACAAUCGGGAAGAGAUGUGGUCGGAUUUUAAGUCAGGUAUCCUACAAGCUCUUUGAGGACAUGGGUCUCUUUGAAACUUUUAAAAUCCCUAUACCAGAGUUUAUGAACUAUUUCCAUGCCUUAGAAUGUGGAUAUCGAGAGAUACCUUAUCAUAACAGAAUUCAUGCUACUGAUGUCCUCCAUGCUGUCUGGUAUCUUUCAUCCCAGCCCAUCCCAGGCCUCCCAACUAUGAUUAAUGACCAGGGGUCAGCAAGUGAUUCUGAUUCAGACAGCGGGAUCACUCACGGCCACCUGGGAUACGUCUUGUCCAAAACGUACACGCCAACAGAUGACAGCUACGGCUGCUUGGCAGGCAAUAUCCCAUCACUUGAAUUGAUGGCCCUCUACGUGGCUGCUGCCAUGCACGAUUAUGACCAUCCUGGGAGAACCAAUGCUUUCUUGGUGGCAACCAGUGCUCCUCAGGCUGUUCUAUAUAAUGACCGUUCUGUUCUGGAGAACCAUCAUGCAGCGGCUGCAUGGAACCUUUUCAUGUCCAGGCCAGAAUAUAAUUUUUUAAUCCAUCUCGAUCAUGUGGAGUUCAAGCAUUUCCGGUUCCUGGUCAUCGAGGCCAUUUUGGCCACUGAUCUGAAGAAGCACUUUGAUUUUGUAGCUAAAUUCAAUGCCAAGGUGAACGACGAUGCGGGCAUUGAUUGGACAAAUGAGAAUGACCGAUUAUUGGUUUGUCAGAUGUGCAUCAAACUGGCCGACAUCAAUGGUCCAGCCAAGUACAAAGAUUUACAUCUAAAGUGGACAGAUGGCAUUGUGAACGAAUUUUAUGAACAGGGUGAUGAAGAAGCCAGCCUAGGUCUCCCCAUCAGCCCUUUCAUGGACCGCUCUGCUCCGCAGUUAGCCAAACUCCAGGAAUCCUUCAUCACUCACAUUGUGGGACCACUGUGUAACUCCUAUGACUCAGCAGGACUGAUGCCAGGUAAAUGGACUGAAGAUAACGAUGAGUCAGGAGAUACAGAUGAACAGGAAGAGGAUUUUCCAGACAUGGAUUCCUGUGACAAUCAUGAACCAAGAAAAAGAAGGAGGAACGUCUACUGCCAGAUAACUCAGCACUUGCUGCAGAACCACCAGAUGUGGCAGAAGGUCAUUGAAGAGGAAGAGAGGAGAGCUGCGAAGGACAAGCAAAGCGGGGAGCCAUCAACGGCGCUGCGCCCGUCCUCUGAGCAAAUAGAGGCGAUUAAAGAAGAGGAAGAGGAGAAAGGAAAGGCCAAAGAGGAAGAAGAUAACACAGCUCCAGAAGAAAACCAAUGACAGUGACAGGAAUUUUGUACAGUAUUUGAUGCAAGGACCCCUUGCAUACCAAUUGUUUUUACAAGCCAGCACAACGUUUAGACACGACACUGUAGAAAUACGGGAUAAUUCACCUACAGCUGUUUUAAGU